AAAUUCAAAUUCUACUUCUGAUGCUUAACACCUAUUGAACUUAGACAAAUCAUUUGAUUUCUCUGGGUCUCAGUUUCCUCAUCUCUAAAAUGAGUGAGAUUAGACCAGAUGAAUUCUAAGGUUCCUUCCAACUAUCUCUCUAAUCUGUUGUAUGAUUCAAUAUUUUGAUGAGAACAGAUCAUAACUAGUAAGCCAAUGAUGAUUUAUUAUAUGUCAGGUACUGUGCUAAGAGUUUGGGAUACAAAUCCUGCCUUCUAGAAGCUUACAGGAAGAUAGCACAUAAGAGGGAGCUGAAUGAGGGUGAGAGGAAUGGUUUCUAUGAGGAUGAGAGUGAAAGCAAAGUUCAAAGAAAGAAGUAUGGCUGGUCUGGAGGCAUUCUGAAAAUGGUAGUUCUUGCCAAUGAGAGAAGGGGAUCACAAAAGAGAGACGUCUCUGGCUGGCAGCGUGCUAAGCGUUCUGACAUCUUGGUGUGAUGGCAGCUAUUUGUCUGGGUUUUGGUGUUCUUGAUGACAUUCCCUCUUUGAGGUAAAAAAGAGAAAAUCUCUUUCAGAAGCAAUGCCUUCCCAUUUGCAAUCCAAUGAACUGGUCUUCUUUGUGAAUGGAAAAAAGAUCACAGAGAAGAAUGCAGAUCCUGAAGUCAAUCUACUGUCCUACCUGAGAAAGAGCCUCCGUCUCACAGGGACCAAGUAUGCUUGUGGAGGAGGAGGCUGUGGAGCCUGCACAGUGAUGGUAUCAAAGUAUGAUCCCAUUUCCAAGAAGAUAAGACAUUAUGCAGUUACAGCUUGUCUGCUUCCCAUCUGCUCUCUGCAUGGGGCUGCAGUCACCACAGUGGAAGGUAUUGGCAGCACCAGGACCCGGAUUCAUCCCAUUCAGGAGAGGAUUGCCAAAGGCCACGGCACCCAGUGUGGAUUCUGCACCCCAGGGAUGGUGAUGUCCUUGUAUGCUCUCCUGAGGAACCACCCAGAGCCCUCACCACAGCAGCUGACUGAAGCCCUGGGAGGUAACCUAUGCCGCUGUACUGGAUAUCGCUCAAUUCUAGAAAGCAGCAAAACUUUCUGUGCGGAGUCAAACUGCUGUCAAAUGAAGGGAACAGGAAAAUGCUGUUUGGAUCAAGAAGAAAAUCCAACUUUAUUGUCUCAUCAGAAAAAUGAUAUCUGUACCCAAGUAUUCACAAAAGAGGAGUUCCAGCCUUUGGACCCAACCCAGGAGCUCAUCUUUCCCCCAGAACUCUUGAGAAUGGCAGAUGAUCUGAAUAAAGAAACUCUGACUUUCUAUGGUGAGAGAGUUACUUGGAUUUCUCCUGCAACACUAAAAGAACUUCUGGAGCUGAAAGUAAAGUAUCCUGAAUCUCCUCUUGUCGUAGGGAACACCUCAGUGGGACCAGCAAUGAAAUCCAAAGGACAUGUUCACCCAGUUCUUCUCUCCCCAGCCAGAAUUUCUGAGCUAAGUAUGGUGACUAAUACAAAUGAUGGGCUGACAAUUGGAGCUGGCUGCAGCCUGGCCCAGGUGAAGCAGAUCCUAACAGAUGAGGUCUCCAAGCUUCCAGAGAAAAAGACACGGACAUACCAGGCUCUCUUGAAGCACUUGAGAAGUUUGGCUGGCCAACAGAUCAGGAACAUGGCUUCCUUAGGUGGACACAUCAUCAGCCGACAUGGCUAUUCCGAUCUGAAUCCAAUCCUGGCUGUGGGAAACACCACCCUUAAUCUGGUGUCCAAAGAAGGAAGACGUCAGAUUCCUUUAAAUGAAAAUUUUCUUGCUGGUUUGGCAAAUGCAGACCUGAAGCCUGAGGAAAUUUUGGAGUCGGUGCACAUACCUCACUCUGAUAAGUGGGAAUUCGUGGCAGCAUUCAGACAAGCCCAGUGUCAGCAAAAUGCCUUGCCUGAUGUUAACUGUGGAAUGAGAGUCCUUUUCAAAGAAGACUCGGAUACCAUCGCAGACCUUAGCAUCUUCUACGGAGGCUUAGGAUCAGCCACCGUCAGUGCACAAAAAUCCUGCCAGCAGCUCCUAGGAAGGCGCUGGAAUGCUUUGAUGCUGGAUGAAGCUUACAGGCUGAUCCUGGAUGAAGUUUCUCUUCCAGGCUCAGCUCCAGGGGGAAUGGUGGAAUUCAAAAGAACCCUCAUUGUCAGUUUUCUCUUCAAGUUCUACCUGGGAGUAUUACAAGAACUAAAGAAGAUGGUAAAGAUGACCUCUCUUCCUAACAACCAUCGAUAUCCUGACAUUUCAGAGAAGUUCCUAAGUGCUCUGGAAGAGUUUCCUGUCACAAUAUCCAGAGGAGUUCAAGCAUUCCAAGGGGUAGACCCUACCCAAUCCCCCAAUGAUCCGGUUGGACGCCCAAUUCUGCAUCAGUCUGGUAUCAAACACGCCACUGGGGAAGCUAUAUUUUGUGAUGACAUGCCUGUUGUGGAUAAAGAACUUUUCCUGGCUUUGGUAACAAGCACCAAGGCUCAUGCAAAAAUCAUAUCUAUUGAUGCAUCCGAGGCCCUUGAACUGCCAGGUGUUGUUGAUGUGAUAACAGCUGAGGACAUUCCAGGUACCAAUGGCACUGAGGAUGACAGACUACUUCCUGUAGAUGAGGUGCUUUGUGUGGGGCAUAUUAUCUGUGCUGUGGCUGCUGAGUCAGAUGUUUAUGCAAAGCGGGCAGUGGAGAAGGUGAAAAUCAUUUAUGAGGACCAGGAGCCUGUGAUUUUCACCAUUGAGGAUGCAAUAAGGCACAAUUCAUACCUGUCCUGUGAAAAAAAACUAGAACAAGGAAAUGUGGAGGAGGCAUUUGAAAAUGUUGAUCAAAUUAUUGAGGGUGAGAUACACGUUGGAGGACAGGAACAUUUUUACAUGGAGACACAAAGAGCACUUGCCAUCCCCAAAGUGGAGGACCAAGAGAUGGAGAUUUAUGUAUCAUCUCAGGAUCCAUCCCACGUGCAGAAAACAGUUUCCUCUACUUUAAAUGUCCCCAUCAACAGAAUCACAUGCCACGUAAAACGAGUUGGUGGAGGUUUUGGGGGAAAGGUCUCCAAACCAGCUGUGUAUGGUGCAAUCACUGCAGUGGCUGCUAACAAAACUGGUCGUCCUGUUCGGCUUGUUUUAGACAGAAGAGAGGAUAUGUUAAUGACAGGGGGAAGGCAUCCACUUUUUGCAAAAUACAAAGUAGGAUUCAUGAACAAUGGGAGGAUCAAGGCUAUGGAUGUUCAGUGUUAUAUCAAUGGAGGGUAUACCCUGGAUGACUCUGAACUGGUGAUAGAAUAUCUUCUACUAAAGCUGGAAAAUGCUUAUAAAAUUAAUAAUCUCCGAUUCUUGGGUCGGCCCUGCAAAACCAAUUUGCCAUCCAAUACAGCCUUCCGUGGAUUUGGUUUUCCACAAGGUGGACUGGUAAUGGAAUCUUGCAUCACAGCAGUGGCAGCCAAGUGUGGCUUACCACCAGAAAAGGUUCGGGAGAAAAAUAUGUACAAAAGAAUCGACAAAACGAUCUACAAACAAGCAUACAGCCCCGAUAAGCUGCUAAGAUGUUGGAAUGAAUGUCUGGACCAGUCUUCAUAUCACAGCAGGAAAGCAAAAGUGGAAGAAUUUAAUUCCAAGAAUUACUGGAAAAAGAAAGGCAUUGCUAUCGUCCCCAUGAAGUUCUCGGUGGGUUUUGGCGCAACAAGUUACCAUCAGGCAGCUGCACUGGUUCAUAUAUAUACAGAUGGGUCUGUAUUGGUAACUCAUGGAGGAAGCGAGCUGGGGCAAGGUAUUCACACCAAAAUGAUACAGAUUGCCAGCCGUGAAUUAAAGAUACCGAUGUCCUACAUGCACUUCUGUGAAACAAGUACAGCCACAGUGCCUAACACGAUUGCUACUGCUGCAUCCGUUGGAGCUGACGUCAACGGGAAGGCUGUGCAGAAUGCCUGUCAGAUUCUUUUGAAACGCCUUGAUCCCAUCAUUAAGAAAAAUCCUGAAGGCACAUGGGAAGAAUGGGUUGAAGCAGCAUUUGAACAGAGAAUCAGCCUUUCAGCUACAGGAUACUUCAGAGGCUAUAAGGCGAACAUGGACUGGGAGAAAGGGGAAGGUGACCCAUUUCCAUACUAUGUUGAUGGAGCUGCGUGUUCUGAAGUUGAAAUUGACUGCCUGACAGGAGCUCAUAAGAACAUAAGAACUGACAUAGUCAUGGAUGCAAGUUGCAGCAUAAAUCCAGCCAUAGAUAUAGGACAGAUUGAAGGCUCAUUCAUUCAGGGCUUGGGACUUUAUACACUAGAAGAAUUAAAAUAUUCUCCCGAAGGACUAUUGCAUUCUAAGGGACCCGAUGAGUAUAAAAUUCCUACAGUCUCUGACGUCCCAGAGGAGCUUAAUGUUUCCUUAUUGGCAUCAUCACAGAACCCAAUGGCAAUCUAUUCAUCUAAAGGCCUGGGUGAGUCAGGUAUGUUCCUGGGAUGUUCUGUGUUCUUUGCCAUAAGUGAUGCAGUGACAGCAGCUCGCAAAGAAAGGGGUUUAAUGGAAGAUUUUAUGCUGAACAGUCCAGCAACUCCAGAACGAAUUCGAAUGGCUUGUGCAGACAGAUUCACGGAGAUGAUCCCAAUAGAUGAUGCAGAGACCUUUAAGCCUUGGUGUAUCCCUAUAGCUUAAUGUCAUCAUCAUUUCCAAAAAGAUAUUGAAGAGGCUUUCCAUGAGUUAAAAGAAUGAGCUAAAUUACAAAGGUGCCUUUUUAAUCCACACUAGAACCAGAGUUCUUUUUCAGAUUUAUUCUACCUAGCCAUAGAAAACAUAAUCCAAUUAGAAACACUGCUACAAUUCCCAAGAUUACGACAAGAUGACCAACACUUUGAUGGGAAAUUUGACGGCUAUCAGUGUACAUUUGUCCACAAACACAUGCUUUGCAGGAUACAAUUCUUUUUAUUGUUUUUUGGGAUUUUUUAAAGAAAUAAGGCUUUCUUUGGUUUCAACUAAUACAACAACUACUGUAGUCAUCUCUAGUGCUAGAAAUGGGGUUACCACCUAAGUAUAUUUUUAAAAUACUUUUGAAUUGAUGCUUUUUAUCUUUAUAUUAUAAAGUCCUCUCUCUUCCCUCCUCUCCCUCUUUCUUCUCCUCCCCUCCAAAAGACCAAACCCUCAAUUAUUAUACUCUCAUUAACACAUUAGUUAGUAGUAGUAUAGUACUAUUUGGGCUUGGACUCAGAAAAAACCUAGAGUCCUGUCCCACUUUCCUCUCAAAAAUAUUUUGAGGUAAGAAUUAUCAUAAUACUCAUUUUACAAAUGAAUAAAAUGAGGCUUAAAGAGCAUUAGUUACUUGGCCAAUGUCACACAGAUAGUAAGUCAGGGGAGUUGACUUUUACUUUUUCUUUUUUGUUUAACUUUCUGUCUUAAAAGUUAAUACAAAACGGAACCAUAAGGGCUAGACAGUGGGGAUUAAGUGACUUGCCUAGGGUCAUACAGCUAGGAAGUCUGAAGCCACAUUUGAACCCAGGAAAUGUAAUGUUUUACACUUGACUUUAAAAAAUCAAUUUCACAAGUACAGGAUGAGGAGACCAAGUUCAGUGGCAGUAGGUCUGAAAAAGAUCUAAGGAUUUUAGUGGACUACAAGUAGUAAGAUAUGACAUCUCAAACAAGCUCUUGUGAAUUAGGUCUACUAGGACUGUUAACCUAAAGUAGCAGAGCUGUCAAGUAUAAGAAUUGAGUGUCUCUGUUGUCAGACCAUAAUUUGAGUGUUUUGUUCAUUCUUUAUGCCACCAUUUUGGAAGAAGCCUGACCAGCUAGACAAGGUACAGAGGAAGGCCACCAGAAUAGCAAAGGGCCUUAAGGCCGUGCCAUAUGAAGUCUGGCUGAAGGAACUGGGGCUGUAGAGACUAGAGAGGAAGAUUCAGGGCAGGGAAUGAAAGCUGUAUCUGAGGGGCUUUCACAAGAAACAAGGAUUAGACAUGUUCUUUCUGGGCCCAGUUGAGCAGGAAGUAAGAGUACAGGGAAGUCCAAAGAAGAUAAUUCUUUAGGCUCAAUCACAAGAAAAACUUGGUAAUAAUGAGCACUGUCCAAAAAUGGAAUGGGCAGUUUGAGAGGAAGUAGAAGUACUCAAGUCAGCUCCUAGAGGACCACUGUCAGCUGCAUUAGGGUGUGGAUAGAUUCCUUUUCAGGUCUGGUCAUGACCAGGUGGCCUCCUGAGGUUCCAUCCAAUUCUAAAAAUCUGUGAUUCUGGAAAUGAAUGGCUCUUUGGUGACCAGUCAUUGGCAUUAUUAAAUUAAUGUUUUAUUUGUUUUAUUAAUUAUUAGUUAAUUAAUGGCACCCUAACAACAAAAAUUAAUAUACCAUCUAAUUUAUCACAACCACCAAGCUCUCCCUCUCAUUUUUUUUUUUUGCCUAGAUUGAAGAAAUAAUGGAUUGAAGGGAGAGGACUUAGUGAAUCAGCCCUGUACCAGGAGUCAUGAGAACCUGAAUUCUAAGCUAGAAUCUCUCACUGUGUGACCUUAGGCAAGUCACUUACCCUCUUUGGCCUCAGUUUUCUCAUUCGUAAAUAAAGAGGCUGGACUAGAUAAUCUCCUUUUUAAAAGUAUCUUUCAUUUUUUUAAACCUUACUUUCUGCCUUAGUUAACAACUUUAAAAGAUAGCAAAGCAAGGGCAACGAAGGCAACGAAGAUAAGUGACUUACCCAGAGUCAUAUAGCUAGGAAGUAUCUAAGGUCACAUUUGAAGCCAGGUCCUCCCAAUUCCAAACCUGUUUGCUCUGUCCACUGGGCCACCUAACUACCCCAAAAUACCUUUCAUUUCUUAUAGUCUAUGAUUCUACAGGAUGGGCAAGAUAUGAUUCUGUGGUUCCAAUCCAAUCCAGCACACACUUAUUACAUGCCAGUCACUGUACUAGUCAAAGGAGAUUCAAAGACAAAAUGAAAAAGUCUCAAGGAACUUGAUAUUCUACUAGAGGGAGAUUUGGUAUGUAAACAGAGAAGUCUAUGCACCAUAAUUUGAGAAAGGAGAGAGCAUGAACAACUAUGGGGAACAGGAAAGGCUUCUGUGGUGAGGAAGAAAGGGAUUCUCAAAGGCUGCAAAGAGGAGGGAAGAAUCACAAAUGAGGGAAAUCUGUAGGCAAGGCAUAAAAGCAGGACACGGAAUGCUGAGUGCUGAGAAAACAGGCUGGAACCAAGAAUAAAUGAUUCUCUGACUCAAGGUGCUGCCUGACAGUUGAGGAAUAGGAGUUGAUAAAUUGCAGAAAAAAGUAUUAAACAAGUUUGCCUAAAGGGGACAGAGGGUAUCUCGACUGUAGAACCCACCAAUUUUGAAGGCACUGCACUACUUUCAUAUCUUGCCCAUGGGUGGCAGGAGAUAAAGGAUUACACUUGACCUAAGCAUCCUGGUGCAGGGGAUGGGUUGUUGUCUGACCCUGCUAAAUCAGUAUUUCAAAGAAGAAAGGAAUUCCCAAGCACCAAGCUGUAAGAACAGCAGAGUCUGUAACUUAGGAAUCCAGGGGCAAGAGUGAGAUGAGACACUAGAUAUAUGGGAGUAGGUAAGAUAAGCAAAUACAGGUGGGAAGAGUAAGGGGCUCACAGCUUAGGGCUAAGGUAAGAUGAUCAAGCCACCAGAAGUGAAAACAGGAAGGAAACUGAAGAAUCCGUCCGUCAUAGGUGUAUUUCUGUGCAGUGUACUCUUAACAGUGACUUAGGGAGUCCUAAACAAGCUGGUCUUGCUUCUUAAAGGGAUGAGAUACUCCAGGGUGUGGAAUUCUUGGAUGAGAUAUACAUAUACAGAAAUGGUUCUAGAUAUAGAUAUACGCCUGCUCAACACAGGUUAAGUAGAUGGUCAGUAGCAGAAAGAACAUACAUGCAGAUAUAUCAGGGAGAUAAAUAGGUGAUUCAUAUGAUAAUUAAAAGGAAUACAAUAAUUUAACCUCUUCUGAUUUUUAAGAGUAAAAAUUUAAUAUACUUAAUAACAGUCAAUUGAGAGUGCAAAAAUAUAAUUUUUAUCAUCUGUGUUAAGGUAUAGUAAAUAAGAUUUAGGGAUUUUAUGGGAAGCUAUAUGGGUUAAAUAUGGGAUAACUCUGAUUAUCUAACAUUCAUUUUAUCCUUAUCACUUUUGAAAACAAUGAGCAAUAUUAGAAAAGGUGAGGGUUUGUGUACAGUGAAUUUUACUAUUAAAUCAUGAUUUUUCUACUAACCAAUACUUUACUGCCAUGAUUAUCAAUAAAACACUAAAAACAAAACA